CAUCUUCUUCUUAAGUUGUCAUCUUACCUUGCAACCGUACCCUCCAAAAUUUCUCUGUACUCAUUCGUGAAGUCAGGAAAGCUGUUCGCCACUUCUAUGCAAUUCAAUCAAGGGUAGAUUCUCACAGCCGGUAAGGGAUGCUAUAAAUGCUUGAAUCCUCCUGAUGAUGGAGAUGGUCAGCUCUGCGGUAGUCCAGGAGACAGUUAGCCAAAUCUUAUCUGGUCUGGUUCAUGGGUUUGAGGGGAAAGAGAAACUAGAUGCAAAUGAAAACUUGGAGAGGCUAGAGAUGGCGCACAUCAAGUUGGAGGCUGCUCUCGAGACAUCUGAUAAGUGGCUGAUUACUGAUGCAUCAUUGUUGCGUUGGCGCAAGAAGCUGAAGCGUGCUGCUCAAGAGUGUGAUGACACACUGCACAAAUACAAGCAGGGGAUCAUCGAAGACGAACUGAUGGAACAAGAGGUAAGGAAUUCCUCCCUUCCUAAGCAGAUUGUGCAUGCCACCAAGUCUUUCAUUUCCUCCGUCUUUUACCGCAACAACAAUCAGUUGAGCAGAUCCAUUGUUCGAAGAUUUGAAUGGUUUGCAGAUGGUGCUAGUGAGUUUCUGAGAUUCAUAGAGCUUGGCGGCACACCAUACCGUCACAUGCCCUUCGGCUCCCUUAUCAAGCAUCUUUUUGCAGGCAAGGAACUGCAGCAUAAAAUUGUUCAGGGAAACGAGUACCCUUUGUUUGUACUAUGGUUGGUACCCUUCAGAGCAGAGCAUGGAAUAGAGGCUGGUCUGAUAUUUACCCGGAAAGACGGUAAUGCACCGGAGGAUAACUUUUUCCUUAGUGUCGUGCUACAACUUUCAGAAAGUACAGACAUAGUUGGGAUCGUAAUUAAGUGCUUGCAGUUGUUUCCCCCACAUUUCAAGUCUACAGUUGAAAUUAUUAAGAAAGAACUUACUCAACUAACUACACAGGACUUCUCAUGGGUGCCAUACGUUGAUUCAUGCCAGAAAAAACACUGGGACAACGUUCAUAGCUUUAGCUCUCAAUGGUUUCGCCCAAACCCAUUAUGUUGCAAGCAGCAUGAUCAGCACAAGUUUUGUCAUGGUAGCAAGUUCGACAAGUCAGGAUUACCAGAUGUUUCUCUAGAACCAGUUAUUGAAGUAAAUCUGCAGUGCCAAGUCUCGCUAUCUGAAUGCAAAAGUUAUCUACAAGAUUCUCCACGUCUGAAAGCUGGACUAGUCUUUACGCCCCAUGGCUCUUCAAAUGACUUGCUGCCUGCAAAUAAAAGUUCUCCAAUAGCAGCGAUCUACAGUGAGGAGCAACAUUGCUUGCAUACAGACAUUACCUUGGAACAGCUGGAAGAGAUCAUGUUGCCAAAGGCGAUAGAUUACUUCCGCCAGAACGCGGAAGCGACAGUCUACCAAAUGCUUUGGAAGUCUAAACAUGGCACUGCAUACAUUCAGGUUGAGAAGGGAAGCAUCUUCGUGCCAAGCACACAGAGAACGUUUCCUGGAGCUAGGAAAAGAAAGCUGUUGCAAGGACAGGAUGAGGAGUUGUGGAGUUGGGCACAUGUGAUCGCUCACUUCAUCAGCUUAUGGGCUACAUAUGCGCCCAUCCGGCUGCAAGGCCGGAUCAUGGACUGGAUUCAGAAAGAAAAGGAAAUGCAGUUAUCACCACCACCGCUACGCCUGAAAUUCUAAAUCAUGUAUCAUCGAUCGAUCAGGGGAACAGGGAGAAAUGAAAGAACGAAAAUGGAAUGUUCUAGGGAAAGGGUCAUGAACAACAAAGUAUAAAAAUUCUCAGGGUCAAGAAGAGAAGCAGAGCUACGGCGCCAAGUCUGCAGGUUUACAUAUCACUAACAACUUGUGUUCUUUUGGUCUUAGUUAAGAAGUAUGUUCUACAUUAGGAACUUAUGUACGUGCGGCACAUCACUUGUUUUUAGGUUCAAAAUGUGUGUUAGUAUGGUGAUGUUUGCUUCUCACCGGCUGAUGUUAUGGUGGCAAUUACAUGGUUAUAGUAUUAUGCCUCAAGUUGCAA